AAACUGGAAAAUUUUGAUAAAUUAAUAAUGGAAAGAAUGGGCCUCCCCCAUCACUCCUCCACCUCACCUUCACCAUCUCCACUUCUUCUCCAAUCACCUCCCCACUCUCCACCACCCCUUCCGCCGCCGCCGCUGCUGCCCUACCGAACUUCACAAUCCACAGUAUACAUUAAAUUUUCUUCAUAAUAACAAUAUACUUAUAUCCAGGCUGAGAUAAAUAUAUGGACGAAAUGUAUGGGUUUGAUUCGGCGGGAGAUUACUAUCCGGAGAAUAUGAUGAUGCCGGAGGACUACAAUCACAACCACUACCAUUCUCCGAUGUUGUUUAAUUCGGAUGAAUUGGGGUUCCAGUGCUCUGUGGUAUCUCAGGAUUCAGCUUCUGUGAAUGUCCAGAAUCAAAUAGUAGAUGAGGAUGAUUCGAGUUUGAUCAAGGCCAAAAUCGCUUCACAUCCUUCCUAUCCAAAAUUGCUCCAAGCCUAUAUCGAUUGCCACAAGGUUGGAGCUCCCCCAGAAAUAGUGUCUGUGUUGGAUGAGAUCAUGGGAGAAAACGACUUGUGCAAACAAGACGCUGUUUCCCUUCGCACACAGACUGAUCCUCACCUCGACGACUUCAUGCAAUCCUACCGCGACAUACUGGUCAAGUACAAGUCGGAUCUGUCGCGGCCUUUCCACGAAGCAACCUCUUUCCUCACCCAGAUUCAAACGCAGCUCCUCAAUCUUUGCAAUGAUGAAGGAGAAGGAGAAGAGACGGAGUUGAUAGAAAUGCAAGAUGCAGAGACGAAGAGGGAAGAUCGGCAGUUGAAGGAGAAGCUGGUGCGGAUGUAUGGGAGCCAUAUCAGAAGCCUGAAGCUUGAAUUUUCAAAGAAGAAGAAGAAAGGGAAGCUGCCAAAGGAGGGCAGGCAGACUCUGCUCGCUUGGUGGAAUUUGCACUCCAAAUGGCCCUACCCUACGGAAUCGGAUAAGAUUGCGCUUGCUGAGACAACGGGUCUGGAUCACAAGCAGAUUAACAAUUGGUUCAUAAAUCAGAGGAAGCGCCACUGGAAAUCGCCCGACAAUAUGCUUGCGGUUGCGGAUAGGAGGAUCACUACCCCACAUUAACAUUUCUCUCUUCUUCUAUAUUGUUCCAAUUUCCCAUACCAUACUCUCUAAAUUUUAAAUAAACUACACUUUUAUCA